CCAACGAUUCCUGACGAGGCUCGUGUCAAGCUUACCUCUUCUUUGAUUGUGUUUCUGUUCGGUAAACGUCUCUAGGUGCAGGCGAGGUGAGGCAAAACCUUCUUGAUCUUGCUGCCCGGGACAUUCCAGUCUUGAAGCUUGCAGCGUUAAGUUGGAAUCAGCGGACUCUUUUUGUGCAAAGGACUCACAACCCAAUAACAUCACUGCAGAGCGCCGCGACUACUGAUGUCUUCAAACACCAUGGAUCCGACGGCCCAUCGUCCAAUGGAUGUCUCAGAAACGGCGCCAGGUACGAAGCUCCCGGUCAUAGCCGAAACCAAGAACGAUCCCCCGGCAGAAGCCCUCGAGCCACGAAGAGGGGAGGAGCUUGAAGACCUUCUCACCAUCAACGACAUUCGGACUCUCGCGCAGAAGAAAGUCCCAAAGAUGUAUCGAGAUUACUUCAACGAUGGAGCUGACGAUAUGAUAACUCUCCACGACAACGAAGCGGCAUACAACCGCUAUAAAAUCCGUCCACGAGUUUUGAUCGAUAUGUCGAAUCUGGACUCUACCACCAACAUGUUUGGUACCAAGAUUUCCUUACCCCUUGGUUUUGCACCCGCUGCAGCACACAAGCUCGCACACCCCGAUGGCGAAGCCGCGACAUCGCGGGCAGCGGCCAAGGCUGGCAUACCAAUGGGUCUCUCCUCUUACUCGAAUACCCCAAUCGAGGAGGUCGCCUGUGAAGGAAGAGGAAAUCCAUAUAUAAUGCACCUCACCAUCAUGAAAGACAGAAGCAAAACAUUACAGACGCUUCGGCGGGUCGAAAGUGAGUCAGAUCAAGCCCUUGUCACUCAGGGCUUCAUUCCUUCCGAUUCUGUUUACGAAAUGCUGACGUCCAAUGGUUGGUCAGAGGCUGGCUUCAAAGGUGUCAUUCUUACGGUCGACGCGGCGGUUCUGGGCCAGCGACUGAAUGAGUACCGCAAUAAUUUCAAAAUGCCACCAGGUGUCGGAUUUCCUAUUCUGCAGUUCGAGGACAGCACCGGCGCUGGGAAGGAAGCACCAGUCAACAAAGGCGCGAAGGGAUUCAAGUCCGUAAUCACAGCAGAAAAGGACAAUGGGCAGAGCUGGGAAUCAGUGAUGCCGUGGAUAAAGUCACAGACCAAGCUGCAGGUCUGGGUCAAGGGCAUAUACCACCCAGAAGAUGUUAAGAUGGCCAUCAAGUACGGUUUGGACGGUGUGGUGAUUUCGAAUCACGGCGGUCGGCAAUUGGAUGGCGUACCCGCCAGUCUGGACGCGUUGAGGGAUUGCGCGCCUGCGGCUUGUGACGAAAAUGGCAAGAGACUGAUUCAGAUCGCUGUGGACGGAGGCAUAAGGAGAGGGUCCGACAUCUUCAAGGCCAUUGCUCUGGGCGCACAGAUGGUCUUUGUCGGUAGGAUACCCAUUUGGGGUCUUUCGGUUGGCGGCGAGGAAGGUGUGACAAAAGCAGUCCAGAUCCUCACACAGGAAUUCCGACAAACUAUGGCAUUGGCUGGGUGUCGGACUGUCGCUGACAUAACGCCUGAUCGUCUGGCAAUUCUGAGCAAAGGGAGACUGCUGAAGCUUUAAAAGCACCCGACUUUGACACAUUGACUGGGAA